GCGUCCCGGCCGCAGGGGGACUGUCCCCGCUUCGGCUCACCGCUCGCCCGGGACGGGCGGGGGAGCGGCGGCGCCUGGCAGCGCUGGCUCAGCCCGCUCGGUGCGGGGAACACGGCGUCAGCAACAGGCGCGGACAGGGAGGCAGCGCUCCGCGGAGCUCUCGGUGAAGAGCGACGAGCUCAUCUCGAUGGUGGGAAGGGAGACCUCAAGCCGGUUUCUUACGUGACUUGGGGGCAUGUGGUGGCCCGCCUGGCUGGCCGCCGGGCUGACGUGGGCCUGCGGGGCCGGGGCUGGGCGGCCGGCCCCGCUGUGCGCCUCCCGCGGGCUGUGCCGGGCGCCCCUGAGCCCCAACGCCUCGCACCCGCAGCUGGAGGCGGAUCUCUGCGCGUGGGCCUUCUCCUCCGAAAGCCUCGUGGAUCCUUUUCCCAUGGAUGUGAUCCAGGAAAAUUACAUCCGUAAUGUGAGAAACUGCAUUUUCUCAAUUGUCUAUCCUACGCCUUUUCAAUCCAGAGUUCGUCUUGUAGCUGUUUCAAAGGAAGCUCUUGAAAAUGUUCUGGAUCUUGAUAUCUCUGUUAAGGAAACACCUGAGUUUCUUCAAUUCGUCAGCGGUGGGAAUGUGAUCAUUGGGUCAGUUCCGUUGGCCCAUAGAUAUGGGGGUCAUCAGUUUGGUAGCUGGGCAGGUCAGCUGGGUGAUGGAAGAGCCCACUUGAUUGGAGUGUAUACAAACAGGCACGGUGAGAGGUGGGAGCUACAGUUAAAAGGGUCAGGAAAGACCCCAUACUCCAGGAGUGGUGAUGGAAGAGCUGUGCUUCGCUCUUCUGUGCGUGAAUAUUUGUGUAGUGAGGCCAUGCACUAUCUUGGAAUCCCUACAAGCAGAGCUGUUAGCUUAGUUGUAAGCGAUGAUGACGUGUGGAGAGACCAGUUUUACAAUGGAAAUGUUAAGAAAGAAAGAGGUGCAAUAGUGCUACGUCUUGCCAAGUCAUGGUUUCGUAUCGGAUCCCUAGAAAUCUUAGCUCAUUCUGGGGAACUGCACCUACAAAGAAGAUUGCUGGACUUUAUCAUCCAGGAACAUUUUCCAUCAAUAGCCAUGAAUAAUUCAGAUAGAUAUCUGGAAUUUUUCUCUACAGUCACAUCAGAGACUGCCAAUCUGAUUGCAUUGUGGAUGUCUGUGGGGUUUGCACAUGGUGUGUGCAAUACAGAUAACUUCAGUUUAUUAUCCAUAACAAUAGAUUAUGGUCCUUUUGGAUUUAUGGACUCCUAUGACCCGGAUUUUGUUCCAAACACAUCUGAUGAUGAAAGGAGGUAUAGAAUAGGAAACCAGGCAAAUGUUGGGCUGUUUAAUCUGAACAAGCUGUUACAAGCCCUAAAACCUUUAUUGGAUCCCAGGCAAAAGCAGCUAGCUUCCCAGAUUUUGGAGGGGUAUGCUGAACACUAUCACAGCCGUUUCACAGAACUAUUCAAAGCAAAAUUGGGUCUUCUUGGGGAGAAUGAGGAUGAUAACUAUUUGAUUGCUUUCCUCCUAAAACUUAUGGAAGAUACAAAGGCUGAUUUUACAAUGACGUUUCGACAGCUCAGUGACAUUACUGAAGAGCAAUUAAAAGAGCUCCAUAUUCCUGAGGAGUUCUGGGCUCUUCAGGAUCUGAGUAAACACAAGUUAUUUUCAGAAUGGGUUACUAUGUACCUCUUGAGAUUAAGUUGUAACAAGGGUGAUUCAGACACCAAGAGAAGAGCAAGAAUGACAGCUGUUAAUCCUAGAUACAUCCUUAGGAACUGGAUGGCAGAAUCAGCAGUGCAAAAAGCUAAUUGGAAUGAUUUCUCAGAGGUCCGUCUCCUACAGCAGAUUUUAGAAGAUCCCUUCCAGAGCCAGCAGGCUGCAGAGAAAGCAGGCUACUCCCUGCGCCCCCCAGCUUGGGCCAAGGACCUUAAAGUAAGCUGUUCAUCCUGAGAGAAAUUUGAACAAGCAAGAAAAUCAAGGUCAAAGCUGAGGCCUUCAAACAGGAUUCAUGGAUCAAGCCACUGGAGCUUCUCUUCCUUAUACUUUGUGGACUGGAAUCUGCUACUCUGGUAGGCAAGACAAGGUCUUGACAAACCUUAUAAAGUCUAAAGAUGAAAGGAACACACCACUGUGUAUGGCUGCAUCAGCAAAUUAUAUUGGUAUCUAUACCUCUGCCCUUCACAUUCAGCCAGGCAUUAAUUUGAGUCCAAAUAUUUAAGUUCUGCCAAACUGUCACACUUAAACUCAGAAUUCGUGGCUGAUGAGGAAGGGGUCUCAAUAACUGUAAAUGGCUAAUCAAUUUAAAAUCCAUCUAAGCUAGUUUUAAUUGUAUAGUAUUUUGAUGAAUGUUCUCCUUGCUGUUACAGACCCUUCAACUGUAUUUGUAUUCUGAAGACAUAAAUGUUCUUAAGUCUUUGUUACAGAGUUGGAACACAGGAUCAUUGUGCAUUUUGACCUUGCCACCUCUUCUCUUUUUGAUCUUGUUUUGUCCCAGUAAACUGACAACAAAGAUUUAAAGGAAAUUCAAUUAAAUAGUGAGCAAAGAUGUGUGUCUUGGGAGUGACUUGCCCCAAACUAAAUUUUGGUGUCUUUGCUGGUGUCAGGUGCCUGUCAAGCCUUGCCCACUGCUCUUUGAAAGUGUAUCUGUUGAUAGUAGUUGAAAGACUGUUGGUGCAGGGAUAUAAAGCCUCAGGAAAUUUUCACUGGCUGGACAUGGAAAAUGACUUUCAUGGAAGUAUGUCACUACAUAUGUACUCAGGUCAAUACACCUUUUGCCUUCAGAAACCUGGUGCUGUAAGGGACUAUCAAAAGUCUUGCAGUGAAAGUACUUAAAAUUCAACUGAAGCUGUUAGACAGGAGUCCUUUAACAGAAAGAGACUAUUCUUUGAGUCCCAAGUCGUGUUAUUUAUCCUUGUUUGAUACUUCAGUUCCACAUCACAAAACUUAUUGUAUAAUUCAGUUAAAAUGAAUACAUAAGCAAUCAGGUGCAAUGUUAAGCUAGAAAAUUUACAGCAAAAACCACUUAACUGGGGGGCUUUCCUACUUGAUGUUACCUCAUCUCUUCCCAAAUCCAAAAUGGAUCGGUUCAGAAUCUCCAAAUGUCUUGAGUGCCUCUUGAUUUGGAAAUAGAGGCUAUGAAGUGGCAUAAUGAGCAUUUCACAAAUCUAAGGUAAGAGGAGUGGACUGCUGGGGGCUCUGUGCAAGCCCUUCAGCAGAGGGCUGCACUCCCAGCCUAUUGAAACACUGGUGUUGAUGUGUUACUCUUGGGCCCUGGUUCCCGUGACACAAAAGAGCUGAACUAAGCAUCUGGUAGGGUUUAAUUUUUUGUGUGGGCUGUUUUUUUGUGGGUUUUUUGUGCUGCCUGUACACCUUUAG